CUCCGCGGUGUCCAACGCCGCUGUAGGAGGACCGCCGCCUUUGCGCCAUCAGUGCACAACACAACACUGCACGCUACGCACGACACUUCUUCUUCUUCUUCUUCUUCUUCUUCUUCUUUUUUUUUGUACAUAUCAGCCAGCUCGCAGCAUCACGGAGGAGGAGGAAGAGGAGGAGGAGGAGGAGCGCAUGAUCCCCAUCCCCAGCAUCCUCUCCAGCUGCACAUCCACUGCGUGUUCUCCCGUAUAAAUACACUUCAUAUUUUGUUUUUCUGGGAUUAUUGCGUCUCCCGGCGGCGUUCGAACGGACCGAGAUGCUCGUCGGUCGCCGUUCAUGAGGGGGAAGAGGCUCGUCUUCAUCCUCGCCGCCGCUGCGCAGUCAUUUGAAGAUCUGCCGCCAUCUGGAGAGCGAAAGCCGAGCGAGACAGACGAGCCGCUCGCCGUCCCCUCCCGAGAUCUUCCUUCGUCCCCUCACCGCCGUCGCCAUGGGAACCGUGCUGUCCCUGUCACCCAGCUACCGCAAGGCGGCCCUGUUCGAGGACGGGCCGGCCACGGUGGGCCACUACACGGCGGUGCAGAACAGCAAGAACGCCAAAGACAAGGGCCUGAAGCGCCACUCGCUCAUCAACGUGCUGCCGUGGAAGCGCAUCGUGGCCGCGUCGGCUAAGAAGAAGGGCUCCAAGAAGGUGCAGCCCAACGGGACCUACCAGAACAACGUCAGCCACCUGAACAACGAGAACCUGAAGAAGUCGCAGUCGUGCGCCAACCUGUCAUCCUUCGCGCAGGACCAGAGCACGCCGAGCGCCACCAAGGCCUCCAACAACAACGCCUCGGUCAAGAAGGCCCCGGCCCCGGCGGUGGCCGCCGCGCCCGGGACCCCCAAGCGGGUGAUCGUGCAGGCGUCCACGAGCGAGCUGCUGCGCUGCCUGGGCGACUUCCUGUGCCGGCGCUGCUACCGCCUCAAGCACCUGUCGCCCACCGAGCCGGUGCUGUGGCUGCGCAGCGUGGACCGCUCCCUCCUGCUGCAGGGUUGGCAGGACCAGGGCUUCAUCACGCCCGCCAACGUGGUUUUCGUCUACAUGCUGUGCCGCGACGUGGUCUCCUCCGAAGUGGCCGGCGAGCACGAGCUGCAGGCCGUGCUGCUCACCUGCCUGUACCUGUCCUACUCCUACAUGGGCAACGAGAUCUCCUACCCGCUUAAGCCCUUCCUGGUGGAGAGCUCCAAGGAGGCCUUCUGGGACAGGUGCCUGUCCAUCAUCAACCUGAUGAGCGCCAAGAUGCUGCAGAUCAACUCCGACCCGCACUACUUCACGCAGGUCUUCGCUGACCUCAAGAACGAGAGCCAGAAGGAGGAGGAACGCAGUCGCCUGCUCAUCGGCCUGGACCGGAGGGCCAUCGCUUGACUGGCGCUCGUCAUCGCACGACAACGGUGAAAUUCCCCCCCCCCCCGGCGCUCUCUCUCCCGUCAACGCGGGCUCACGUGGACUUUGGCAAGUCCGGGAGGGAACGCCGGCUGUGGCGUUGAGGACUCGAGACUUUGUUGUUUUUGGGGUGGGGGAGGGGGGGGGGGGCGGCGGCGUUCUCUCAGAUGGGACAAAGCGGGCAGUGCUGCGAUGGAACGACGCGUUGUCAGGACUUUGACUCGGCCAGAAGACGACAACCUUUUACUUGUUUUUUCAUCUAUUACGACAAGUUACUGGAUGUUUUCGCAGCUGUGCAGAGCAUAUUUAUUACUUUUUAUUUAUGGCUCUUCUGGAACAAGGUCAUUUUAUUUGUAAUAAUUGAUGAUGAUGAUUAGAUUUGUGUGUUUUUGCACGCGCGCCAGCGACUUUCGUGCAGCAUGGAGAAAAUCUUCCUCCUCUUCUUCUUUGGACUUGCUGCUCUGCAUUAGUGUUGAUUUUAGCUCUGCCUGCUAAUGUCAUGUUUUUUGCUACUUACUGUGCUCAUCAUCCACCGUUAACAGUGCCAUAUCUUCCAUUACAUGCUCCCUUAAACUGAUAUCUACUCACUUUAUUGACAUUUAGGGGCUCAUUACACGUCCAUGAACGUUUUAGUGGAACGUUUGUCUUUUCUUUGGUGGGAAUGAAGAUUGCUUCUGGUUGAGUGUCAGGGAUUUAUCAUGGAUGACCUGCAGGAACAAUCUGACGAGCACCAUAACGACAACAACAACAAAAGUAAAAACAGGAAUAAAGGGAAAGAAAAGGCAGAAGUUCUUGAUUGGCAUUGCAGUUUAUUUGCUAGUUAAGUUUCAUCUCAGCGGCAAACUUGCACACCUUCCCGUUUUUGACGAGGAGAGUAUUUUAUCCCGGUAUCACAUUUCUCCCCCAUUUUACACCGGCGUCGGGUUUCUCCCGUUUUGUACUCCCAGCUUCAGACUUCUCCCGUAUUUGGCGCCGUCGCCUCAUUUCUCCCGUACUUUAUGCCUGCAUCACAUCACAUUUGACUGCUGGUGUCACAUUUUUCCCAUCUUAUGCAGCUAGUGUCUCAUUUAUGCUGGAAGUUACUUCCAGUGUCACAUCCCUCCCAUAUUUUACUGCUCGUGUCACAUUAUUAUUAUUUUUUUUAACCUUUCCUUUUCAACUGCUCGGUCAUGCAUUUCGGUGGAUUUGUGAGGCUUUUUUUUUUUUUCUUUUCUUUUCUUUUUAAUUUUUCGGAACAGUUUUGCUGUGUAUCACGAGAAUUUUUCCAUGUCACUUUUCUCUCGUAUUUUACUGCCGGUGGCAACUUUCUCCCGUAUUUUGCAAAGUCAAUAGACAGAGGGAAGGUUGGCAAGUGUGCUCAAAAGGAGAGGUCACAUUUGAAGAAGAUUACAACAGCGCUUGUCAGGAAGUCACCCGAAAUUGUGCUAAAGAGGCUUUUAUGUGCAUAAUCCAAAAAAUAAUACAUCACAGGAGUACAAGCAUCUCCAACUGCUGUAUUUUAAGAUAAAAGACGGCCAUGUUCUUUUUUCUUCUAAAACUCUCCUGUUCUGAUCCUUUUGAAGGUCAUUUAAAAAGUCAGGUUUCCACCAAGCAGUUGUAGGCUUGGAAGUGUCAAUUGUGAAGUUAGUUUUCUUUUGUCUUCUUUCCAUUCUCUGUCCACCAAUCAACACAUUUCAGUUUUCUUUUUUUCCCCCCUUUAGGUACCCGACAAAUGCGCUUGAUAAGUCAUGGGGAAAAAAAGGCCAAAAAGUGCAUGAAAAAAAAUGGUGACUGAACUAAAUCAAACCGGUGGAAUACGGUUCCACUUUUUGGCAGCCUUUGAAAGGAUACCAACCGCAGUGGUACGGUACGCAGAUGCAAAGGAAAUGCAAACAGUUACCAAGAUGAGUUUCCCUGCUCGGUGGAAACGCGCCUAAAGGAAUUAAACGAGAACAAAAAGCACAUUUUAACAUCAACAAAAACCAUCUCGCUUCAAAUGUUCCACUCCCCUCCUCUCUGCUCCUUUCAUCAAAUAGUUUGACAAGAUGCAAAAAUUGGACAAAAGUGACGAUUCUGUGUCUGUUGUCAUGUAACUUGUCCAACCCCAAUUCCAAUGAAGUUGGGACGUUGUGUUAAACAUCAAUUAAAAACAGAAUACAAUGAUUUGCAAAUCACGUUCAACCUAUAUUGAAUUGAAUACACGAUAAAGACAAGAUAUUUAAUGGUCAAACUGAUCAACUUGAUUGUUUUUAGCAAAAUAAUCAUGAACUUAGAAUUUUAUGGCUGCAACACGUUCCACAAAAGCUGGGACAGGUGGCACAAAAGACUGAGAAAGUUGAGGAAUGCUCAUCAAACACCUGUUUGGAAUAUCCCGCAGGUGAACAGGCUCAUUGGGAACAGGUGGGUGCCAUGAUUGGCUAGAAAAGGAGCUUCCCUGAAUAGCUCCGUCAUUCACAAGCAAAGAUGUGGCGAGGUUCAACUCUUGGUGAACAAGUGCGUGAGAAAAUAGUCGAACAGUUUAAGGACAAUUUUCCUCAACGUACAAUUGCAAGGAAUUUAGGGGUUUCAUCAUCUACGGUCCAUAAUAUCAUCGAAAGGUUCAGAGAAUCUGGAGAAAUCACCGCAUGUAAGCGGCAAGGCCGAAAACCGACAUUGAACGCCCGUGACCUUCGAUCCCUCAGGCGGCACUGCAUCGAAAACCGACAUCAAUGCGUAAAGGAAAUCACCACGUGGGCUCAGGAACACUUCGAAAACCAAUGUCAGUAAAUACAGAUUGGCGCUACAUCCGUAAGUGCAACUUAAAACUCUGCUAUGCAAAGCAAAAGCCAUUUAUCAACAACACCCAGAAACGCCGCCGGCUUCUCUGGGCCCGAGCUCCCAUUGAAAAUAUGUCGCGCAUUAUGAAGCGUAAAAUACGACAAAGGAGACCCCGGACUGUUGAACAGCUGAAGCUGUACAUCAAGCAAGAAUGGGAAAGAAUUCCACCUACAAAGCUUUUUAACAAUUCGUGUCCUCAGUUCCCAAACGUUUAUUGAAUGUUGUUAAAAAAAAAAAAAAAGGUGAUGUAACACAGUGGUAAACAUGACCCUGUCCCAGUUAAUGAACUGUUAAUGAAACAAAAACAAUCAAGUUGACCACUUUUUCAAGUUGACCACUUUUUUGUGAAUUCAAUUCAAUAUAGGUUGAACAUGAUUUCCAAAUCAUUGUAUUCUGUUGUUAUUUAUGUCUAACACAACGUCCCAACUUCAUUGGAAUUGUAAAUAAAUAAAAGCAGAGGAGGUUGUGUGCGUGUGAAUGCAUGUGUUUGUACAGAGGAUUGUGUGGAAAGGAAUCUGGUGGGGGGGGGGGGGGGGGGGGGAAAUGGAGGGGUUCAGGGCUGUAGACAUUCAAAUGUCACAUUUUUCCAACAAAGAAAAAAAAAAAAAAGGAAAAAAGUUGUUGUUGUUCCCAAUUUCAUUUCCCGGUUUGGCUUAUUUUCAUUUAUUUUUGUACUGUGAUGAAAAUAAAAUCCAAAUAAA